UGAACAGCGAAGGACCGUAUUUGAUUAAUGGUCGAUAUUAAACUGAACAGAACUUGAAACUGUUUGUGAAGAAAGAAAACGCGGAUUACAUUGGUUUCUUUGUCACAUAAUGACCAACGACAGCAACUCCAAUGGCUGGAGUUUUUUUGCUGGAAUUUAUGACACAACCUAUAUCUAUUGGCCAUUAACCCUUCUCGGUUCGUAUGGCUCGCUUAAUAAUCUGUUUGUCAUCACCAUUCUAUGGUCUCAGCAAAAUGCACCUCAGUUGACGAUUUUAAAAUCGCUAGCUUUCUCUGAUUUAAGUAUUAACUUGACAUUUCUUGCUCUUAUUAACUUUCCGAGUGAUUAUAAGGUGCCUGUCAAUUUUUUCGGCAAUUUGGCAUGUUCUACAUUCUUUUCGAUUUUUCUUAUAUUCGCUUUAUCUGCAGUAUCAGCUUGGCAUUUAGUUUGGCUAACUUUGGAUCUAUACGGUGGACAAGGAGAGUUCAAAUGGCAUAAAUAUUUUUUCGUUUCUAAGCUGCGAAUCCGGUUAUCAAUUGUUGCUCUAUGGGUAUUAGGUUUCCUAACUAUGAACAACGAUUUGUGGGAAUAUUACGUUGAUAGUGAGACUCAGACUUGCUUCUUCAGCUGGAGAUCAGAUAAAUUACGAUAUAUCGUUGGCGUAGAAGUACUCGUUUUGAUUUUAGUUUUACCUUUGGGAAUCAUGACGUGGUGUUAUUUGGGAUUGUUCAAAACAAUGCACGAUGCAAAAAAGUAUUAUGAAUUGAGAAACAAUACUAUUACUUCGGUAGAAAGUGAUGACGCAUACAAAACUACUAAGAAGUUUCUGAUUUCAAUGAGUGUAAGAACUUCUGUGCUGCUUUUAGUAUACUUGGUAACCUGGACACCGGCGAUUAUUUGGCUGACUAACGUCUUCAAAAUAACGAAUGACGGUAUUUUCGAUGCUUGGUUCAACAAUCUAGCUGAACUUAUUCCUAUUUUAAACGCGGCGAUGAACCCGAUUCUCUAUGGUUGGUCUUGGUUUGAGUUUCGAGAUGCAGUGAAGUUGAAAUUUACUAAUAUGUGCUGUCGUAAAACUAGAUCUAGAAAAACCAGAUCUGAAAAUUUGGAUCUAGACAAUUGACCCUUUCAUCAAAACUGUUAAAUUUAACUGAAACAUUUGGCUACUACGUAAUAUUGUGAGCUCAACUAAAAAAGAAAAUUUAUCAGUUUUAUAUAAAUUAGCUGAAUCAUUUUUUCGUUUUAUUGACUUAAAAAC